CAGCGCCGCUUUGUAAGGAAGCUCCUGAAAUCCGUUUCUCUCCAGUCGGUGAGAGGCUUUGCAAAGAGCCAGCCCAGGAGUCGAAGCGUCCAGGAAACCGCUGCGGCCGCCACUGGGGGGCACGUGCUGCACCCGCUGCCGGCAGACCUGCAAGCCGGACGGACACCUGCCUGCCUCCCCUUCCCGUGCUGCCUGGUCGCCGGUAGAUCUCCCGCCCGGGUGCUCCUGGAGAUCCUUGCGACUGUUCCAUGAAGCAAACUGGCGCAGGGUUUUCUCAGGUCCCUAGAGGAAGCCCAGCCACUACUUGACAGGUAGGAAUGUGGAAGAAGGCCCACAAGGAAGUGCCCAGCAUAUGCACCCCUCCCCUGAGGAGAGUCUCAGAGGACACAGACCUGCAGCAGAUACCAGGCAGGCCAGGAGGUGAAGAAGCAGGCAGACUCGCUUCCCAUUGGUAUCAAGGCAUGUCCUUUGUUGUGAGAGAUCACUGGUAGGGAGAUGCCCGGGCACUGGAAGCUCUCUGCAGCAUGCUGAGAAGACGUAACCUGCUCACCACACUCUUGAUUGCUUUGCCAUGGGGUCUUCUCCUCACUUUAUGGCACCAGUACCCCACCACUCGCUACCUCAGCCUUCUGAGAAAAGAAACUGAUGAAAAUUUGACAGCUAAAUCACUCUUCAACAGUACAUCUCUUAUGAGGGAAGAAGGCUUGUCAUGCGCUCGACAGCCAGCCGUGGGGACAACUGCCAAAAUAAUCCGGAGCUAUGUGUAUGCCAGGCCUCCUCCAUGGUCAGACACAUUGCCUGCCAUCUUUGUGAUCACGCCCACCUACACCCGACCAGUGCAAAAGGCGGAGCUUACCCGGCUAGCCAAUACUUUCCUCCAUGUGCAGAAUCUGCAUUGGGUAGUGGUGGAGGACUCACCUCGAAGGACCAACCUAGUAUCCAAUCUGCUGGAGAAGGCGGGGCUCAAUUUUACUCACCUGAACGUUGAGACUCCGAAGAGUCUGAAAGUAGGUCUGUCCUGGAUCCCAUCUCAUACGCCGAGGGGCACAUUGCAAAGGAACCUCGGACUGCAUUGGCUGAGGGAAAACUUCCGCAACACACCACCACCGGAAGGUGUUGUAUACUUUGCUGAUGAUGAUAACACCUAUAGCCUAGAGCUCUUUGAAGAGAUGCGCUACACAAAGAAGGUCUCCGUAUGGCCAGUUGCCUUUGUGGGUGGUCUCAGGUUUGAGUCCCCAAAAGUGAGCCCAGCAGGAAAAGUGGUCGGCUGGAAAACUGUCUUUGAUCCUAACCGGCCCUUUGCCAUUGACAUGGCAGGCUUUGCCAUCAACAUCAAACUGAUCCUGGAGAAACCUCAUGCCAGUUUCAAGCUGGAUGGAGUGAAAGGAGGCUACCAAGAAACCAGUCUACUAAAGGAUCUGGUGACCAUGGAUGGGUUGGAGCCCAAAGCUGCCAACUGCACAAAGGUCUUGGUCUGGCACACAAGAACUGAAAGGCCAACUCUGGUUAAUGAAGGCAAGCGUGGAUUCACGGACCCAAGGGUGGAAGUGUAGGGAAUUCAUCCUAUGCUGUGGCACCAUCCCAGCAUCUCUGUCAUGUGCAGCACAUUAAUGCAAGGAUCAAGAUAACAUUCUAGUUGUGUCCAUAUCUACCAGCUUCCAAGUCCCCAAGAGCCAUAAAAAAACAAAGUCAAUAUGGUACCCAAGUCCAUUGUUUACUUUCUACUCUGACCAUUUUGCCAUAUAUGCAGGUGAAAAUAUUUUUUUGUUUCUGUGUUUAUUAUUUAUUUGUUGGAAAACACUUUUGAAAAAUUGGCCACGGGCCAAAAAUAUACCAUCUUGGAAGUGAAAGAAGAGCCAGGUUUCCACAGUGAACAGAACUCUCUUUGAUAAUCCUGCAUCCCUGAAUAAACAUAUACAGCCCUGU